UUUCUGCACUCUGGCUAAACCGAGCGAACGGAGCACGUAGAAUAAAAUGGCUGAGAAGCAGAAGCACGAAGGCAGGGUCAAGAUAGGACACUACAUCCUCGGAGACACGCUCGGAGUCGGCACGUUUGGCAAAGUGAAGAUCGGAGAGCACCAGCUAACAGGGCAUAAGGUUGCUGUUAAGAUCUUGAACAGGCAGAAGAUUCGCAGUCUAGAUGUGGUCGGCAAAAUCAAACGAGAAAUCCAGAACCUUAAGCUGUUCCGGCAUCCACACAUCAUCAAACUGUAUCAGGUGAUCAGUACCCCGACAGACUUCUUCAUGGUGAUGGAGUAUGUAUCUGGAGGCGAGCUCUUUGACUAUAUCUGUAAGCAUGGAAGGGUAGAGGACAACGAAGCACGACGCUUGUUCCAGCAGAUCAUCUCUGCAGUGGACUACUGCCACAGACAUAUGGUGGUGCACAGAGACCUGAAACCAGAGAAUGUCCUUCUGGACGGCAACAUGAACGCCAAGAUCGCAGACUUCGGACUGUCCAACAUGAUGUCAGAUGGCGAGUUCCUGAGAACAAGUUGUGGUUCACCUAACUACGCUGCCCCAGAGGUCAUCUCCGGAAGACUGUAUGCAGGUCCAGAGGUGGAUAUCUGGAGCUGUGGUGUGAUCCUGUACGCACUGCUGUGUGGCACAUUGCCCUUCGAUGAUGAGCAUGUACCCACGCUCUUUAAGAAGAUCCGCGGAGGCGUGUUCUACAUCCCUGAGUACCUCAAUCGAUCUGUGGCAAGCCUGGUAAUGCACAUGCUUCAAGUGGACCCUCUGAAGAGAGCCACAAUCAAAGACAUCAGAGAAGACGAGUGGUUUAAGCAGGAUCUGCCCGACUACCUGUUCCCUGAGGACGCUUCAUAUGACAGUGCGGCGGUCGACGAGGAAGCUGUGCGUGACGUUUGUGAGAAGUUUGAGUGUGCUGAGUCAGAGGUGCUCAGCAGCCUGUACAGCGGCAACCCGCAGGACCAGCUGGCUGUCGCCUACCACCUCAUCAUCGACAACCGCCGUAUCAUGAACCAGGCCAGUGAGUUCUACCUGGCCUCCAGCCCACCUGCUGGCUCCUUCAUCGAUGAGAACAUCAAGCCACACCCUGAGAGGAUGCCCCCACUGCUGGCAGACAGUCCCAAGGCCCGGUGCCCACUAGAUGCCCUGAACACCACCAAGCUCAAACCUCUGGCAGUGAAAAAGUCUAAGUGGCAUCUUGGUAUACGCAGUCAGAGCAGACCCUACGACAUCAUGGCUGAAGUGUACCGUGCCAUGAAGCAGCUUGAGUAUGAUUGGAAGGUGGUGAACCCCUAUCACCUGAGGGUGCGCAGGAAGAACCCAGUGACUGGAAACUUUGUGAAAAUGAGCCUGCAGCUCUAUCAGGUGGACAACCGCAGUUAUCUCCUGGAUUUCAAAAGCAUUGACGAUGACAUCAUCGAGCAGAAAUCGGGCUCGUCCACGCCUCAGCGCUCCGGCUCUGCUGCUGGUCUUCACCGGCCCCGUCUCAGCAUCGACUCUGCAGCCAUCUCCAUGGAUAUAACACCGCUCAGCAGCUCACUGCCAUGCUCUCUGCCAGGCAACAUGCCCAUGCUGGCACCACGACAGGGCAGCCAUACUAUGGACUUCUUUGAGAUGUGUGCCAGUCUCAUCACCACACUGGCACGCUGAAGUGCUCGCUCUCUUACACUCACACUCACACACACACAUGCAUUCACAAACCCACUCAUUUAUGCACAGUGACAGAAAUCUUUAAACCAUUAGAAGGUUGGGUCACAUGACCUUUUUAGAUUUAGCCACAAAUAAGUUCUCUGCCUCUCUCUUGCACACACACACACACACACACACACACACACACACACACUUAGACAUGAUUACAUACAUGAUGCUUGCUGUUAUACUGACCGUUCAAGUUCAUUGUAGCAGCGUGGCAUUCUGGGGCCUUUCCAGAUUUCAGAGUGCUUCAUCCUUUUAUUUUCUUUUUAUAUACAUAACAUUUUGAUAAAUAUAAUCUAUUUAUAUUCUCUUCUCAAUCACUUUAGAGUUGCUGGUUGAUUGCAAUGACAUACCAAAAAUUACGUUUGUACACAUUCAUAUGCAAGAGAUUAUACAUUUAUUAUAUAUUAGAUUUAUUUAUUUUUUAGAGAUAAUUUAUGCUAUUUAGUUUCUUUAUUUAAGCGUGUUAUAAGAGUGAUAAAUGAAAUGGUUUGUUGCGAAACAGCAUCAAGAGCAUGACAAGCGUGUCAGCAAAUACAUGCCGACGACGUUGUAGAGCAAAACACGACUGCAACUCGAGUAGCAGAAGCGAGCAUGAAAUUUAAUAGCAUUUUCCAUCUGUAAGUAAAUAUAGAUGGUUUCCUUAAGAGCAGUGCCUUUUCUGCUGGACAGUGUCGUGCUAGCGACUUGUAAACAAACGUCGACGUUCAGUCAGAGACUCUGAGAACUCGACAGGAAGAGAAAGAGCAAGAUGGGGAACGAGUGCUGGCCGCGAUCGAGUGUAGAGCCACGUUUCUAGCUUGAUCUCUGGGACAGAGAAAGAUAUAGAGCAAGACCAAGAAGCCUUUAUUUGCCACAUAUACAUCAUAGAACAGUGAAAUAGAUAUUUCGUUGUUGUAGUUGUUACUGUAUGAGGUUGGGGCAAAGCAUAGAAAAGGGAGAGGCCAAAAGAUGAAUAGUGGAUGAGAGAUUUACAUCCUCAAAGUGGGAUCUAAUAGGAGGGAAUACAAGGAAGUGAUCAAAAACAACACAGAACAAGCAACACAUGCAUUUUUUUCUAGAUAUGUCACACUUUAUAGAGCGUGAGAUGGCAUGUAUUUGGUGGCAUUUGGCAGCGAGAUUAAAGACAUGAGCAUUUAAGGGUUAAAACCAUUCAGCGUUUCCUCUGAUGCCAUAAAACCCCACGUAUUAUAUUGUUUCUGACGAUUUAGGCUUCAGGACAUUUUGUGUGAACGUGCACAGAUCUAUUAGAUGUGUGUGUCUCGUUCCCUUGAGCACUGGAUUGUUCAGAGCCACUGGCAGCAUAAUUUUCUACCAUGGGCUUUGUUUGACUUUAGGACUCCAGAAUGAGGGCUUGGGGAGUACAGGAGGAUGAUGGGUGAAAAAUGUCACAGUUUGUAGUGACAAGAAUUUAUUUACUUUCUUUUAUCUCACCUUCUUAAUUCUUGUCGGUUAGACAAAUAACCUAAGUAAAAGAGAGAAAGAAAAAUAAUUUUGGUAAAAACAUGCCUAUGUUUUCCUAAAUUAGAGAUUUCAAAGUAUCUUCCUGGUGAAAAAAAAAUCAAUUUAGGACAAAGCCAAGUUUAGUUCUAGUGACUUCCAGCCAGUUUGUGGCAUAAUGCCUGGCAUUUGUUCUCGUAUAUCUUUUUCCUGCGUUGGCACAUAAUUAGACAUUGAGACCACACGAGACCUCUAUGCUGGGAUUUUCUUCUGUAGUUAAAGCCUGUGUGGAUGAGUUGGUCUUUCUGAAUCCUGCUGGCCUUCUCAUUCGUACUGUACCGUGAAAACGGUAUAACAUGAAAUGGCUUCCAGCCAAAGCAUGACGUUUGUGCAUCAGUGUGUUUUUUCCGUAUGUGUUUUUUUUUUUUUUUUUUUUUUACUAUGUUAGAUGUACUGUAUUGUUCCAGGAAGUCAUUGCAUCAUCCAUAUGUGAAUGUAAAAAAACAACAUUGUGGAUGUUCUGUUGUUCAGUGGGCAUAUCGUGCCUUAUCGUGUCUGUUAAAAAAAGCAUACAGCUAAGGUCAUAAGUUUAAAAGCUAAAAAUAAUCGGAAGACGUUAUUGCACAUAACAGAUGUUUCAAACAGGAUGAUGAGUAAUUUUUUUUUUCAUUUAGUCCUCUCCUUCAGAAGCUACAUAAGAUGUUUCCCAUAAGACAAAGUAACAACGAUUUACACCUAUCAUCCUGUUCAAAAGUUUAAACGCCCCCCACCUACUGUAUCUAUUCGCACGAGCCCCUCAAUUGUCCUCCGUGUGAAUCCGUCUGAAAAUCGAAUAAUAUUUACGAGCUGGAGGAUUUUUCUGAAGCACUGCGGGUAGUUUAACUGCUCAUGAUUAACAAGGGUUAAACAUUUUUGAUUGAGCUGCUGACUGCAAAAUAUUUAAAAAAUUCAGGGGAAACACUCCCCCUAUUGCUGGAUAUUCACCAUUACACUGAAAAUCAGUUUGUAAUCACAGCUAAACCAGUUUUAUUUAAUAGAUCAUUUUCCAUGACGCAAACGAGCUUCGUCAUUAUCUCACAAUUCUGAUACAACAUGCAGUCAUAUUCUUAUCAUAUUCUCUGCGGUGCAAAGAUCCGAAUCAGUAACCACAAACAAAAUGUUUGUUGCUUUUCAGUCCAGUCUUGUAUAAGCGUGUGUGCACAUAAACUGUGUGUGUGUGUGUGUGUGUGUGUGUUUUAGUGUCCGUUUCUUUUCCCUAAAGUUAUGCACUGCAUGGUGUUCUAAUUUGCACUUUAUUAUUUAUUGUACAAAAAAUAAGAGAAGUAAAAAGAAAACCUGUAUUGAGAUUAUAAA